AGCGACAGGUUGAUGUGUGCAAUAGUUUUCGUCUUACUUUAUUGUGUGUAUACUCGUGAAGUGAAACUUUUUCCGUUCUCCUCUUUGAUCAGCAAUUUUUCUCUGUUAUUGAUAAAGUAGUGUGGCAGCUCAUCAAAAUGUCAAUCGCGUUUUUUCGCAGAAACUUGUGUUCUUGAGAAAACGACAAAAAUUGGAGAAAAUCCCGUAACAUUCUGUGCGUAGUGUGGUGCUUUCGUGCAGCUGAUUGCAAAACAAUGAAAAACGCAGGCAACAUUCAGAAACAAAGUUAGUUUUAAGGAUGUGAAAGUCGAUAGUAUCAAAUUGAGGAACUUGCACACACCGUUCGAGGCAAAAAGUGAAGAGAAGAUGUUUACCAAAAAGUCUAACAUCGAUCUGAAAAAAUCGACGGCAAAGAUCCAGGAUAGUAAGAAGGAUUCCACGGCCCGAUUGCGACACCUGAAAACGAUCCUAGAACACGUGGACGGCGAAGAAGCUAAGAACCUGUUUGAAGCCAACUACAGCCAUGUCUACUACAUCCUAUAUGACACGUUUGUCCAGGCGGAGACCAAUCUACGACAGCGAGACCAAUCGUUUCACAUUGUCCACAAAACGCACCGCGAGGAACUGGACGGUUCGCUGUGGCUGCUGAGUAAAAUUCUCUGCCUGUUGCCGGAACUGAUCGCUCGUCGUUGGCAGGUCCACUCGCUCGGACGAAUACUAGCAAAACUGCUUCACUAUGGCAACAGUGUUAAACUGCGCCGGGAGGGCGUCCGGUACUUCCUGCUCUGGUAUCAAGCCCUCGGUGACAAUGCGCCACCCUUCGUGCAUGGUAUGUUCACCGAGUUAGUUCCCGGUUUGACGAUUCCUCAGAAGGGACGGAACGGCCCGUUGUCGUCGGAUUCGGAGUUCAUCGCCACGGAUGUUCUGAAUCAUCCGAACAUGAAGGGCGAACUGGGUGGCUCGGUGUUUCACGACACCGGUGCGCAUCCAGUCAAGUCACCGGAGAUUCAACCCGUUAUCCCACCGAGCUCUAACGAAAGGACGGCUGCCCCGGAUCCACGUGACGGUCUCGAGAUUAUGUUGGACUGUAUGGUUCAAUCCUGCGGGUGCCUUAAGUGGAGAGAUAACAACCCGCAGAAGCACAUCCGUACGUUCAACUUUUUGUUGACGAAAUUUCGGGAACAAUACCUUCCGGUAUUCUGUCCAAAUUUUGACUAUUCCACGUCAAUCUACGAACCGAAAAUUGAUCUGCCAGCGAUGCGUAACAUUUCAAAGCGAGAAGAAGUCAUGAGCUCUUGCAUAGUAGUGCUGGUUAUCUGGAUCGCCAAAUAUACUCAUGAAAGACACAUCAGCACAAAGCUGGAUAACGUACAAAUCGACGACGAAGUUGUUGGAGAAAAUGCAUCUCUGCUUUCGAAUCUGCGUCACAUGGGAUAUACGCAAACGCAGCUGGUCCGUGAUGUACUCUAUUCCAGCCGGGACACGAUCAACUUUGUCCACGAAAUUUACCGCCAGGCGUUCCUGAUGUCAUUCACAUCGAAGAGUCAAAUCGAAGCAAUGCGAAUUGCGAUAUCCGUCUACCGGGACUGGAUGAGUACGAUCCCUCCACCGCCGUUUCUGCUGGAACCGGACACCAGCGAGGCAUCACUGAGCGGUAGUUCCGGUGAGCUACAGCAAGGCGGCCGUCCCAACAGUCAACGGCUGCGAACCGAUUCCUAUCUGGGAGCAAUCAGCAAGGAGAAUGUGAUGAUUCGUGCUGGAUUGCAGAAUGUUCUGCAGGUUUUCGUCACCAACGCAGUAAAUGUGUUCAUGGUCAAUACGGCGCACCUUAAUAUCCACUUCCAGUCGAAGACGAACAGCGAUGGGUUUGCGACUCCCCUCGACGAGCAAACCGACAUCUGCAAGCGGGUGUUGAACAUCUAUCGGACGAUGGUGAUGAAAACACGCAUGGAAGGCAAGACCUGGGAGCAGUUGCUGUUAGUGUUGUUACAGGUAACAUCUGUAAUUCUGCAAAACUCUCCGCCGAAUGCAAAGAAAAACAAUCUCGGUGGUCGGUUGGCCCAACCCAUCUUUCAAACGUUGAUCGUCACCUGGAUUCGGGCCCACACGAAUGUGGUUGUGAACCCGGGAUUGUGGGAUAAAUUCUUGAAAGUGCUUUCCUCGCUGACCCACCGCGAAGAGCUGAUCGUUGAAUGGGACAAAACGAUGCAAACGCUAACGCGAGUUCUCGCCAGACAGGUGUACAAUAUAAAUCUGUCGGAUUUGCCGCUGGAUCGGCUGGCGGAACAGAAGGGUAAACGGAAACGUGGAACCCCGUCCAAUUGGACCCAAAGCUCGACAGUGAGCCAGAACGAAAAAUCGGACAGUUCGACGAUGCAGUGCAAUAGCAAUGGCAAAACUUCAAUGGACGAGACGGUAGGGGAGGACGUGAGGAUUACAGGUCACGGUCAUGUUGUGAGAAGUAUUCCGGGGACACCAUCUUUGAACAGGAGCUACAGCGAAGGAAGUUUGGCACCGUUUCGGAAGUCUCGCUCAAGGCGAAGAAUACGGGGAAAGAAUCAAACCCAGAAUCAACAGCACGUAACUUCACUUCCGAUGGCAGUCGAGCAUUCACUGAACCGCAUGCUGUCCAAUCAUUCUGGCGGUGGAUUGAGUAUUAGUAACGAAAAUUUGGAGGUAUCGAGGUUUUCCCAGUGCGACGAAUCGUUGAUGAUGGGGCCUCCGACCAUCAGAAGGGCUCUUUCGUUGGACUCCAUUCGCCCUUCACCGGGUAAAACUCGUGCAAUAGGAAAUGACAGUGACAGCUAUAGGUGUGGUUCCCGAAGUCCGUCACCGACGGCUUCAAGCGGAAUUGAGAGCGGUUCGAUUAAGGAUUCGCCUAUUCAAAUGGACGUGUUGACUGCUGACAGUUCAAGCAUUGACACCCAAGACGAGAACAGCGCAGUUUCACCUGACAGAAGGUCUAUUUUAGCCGGAGGAACAGCUCGGGGUUGGCUACCGGAUGUAGCGGCUGUUAUGUGGAGAAGAAUGCUUGGGGCCUUGGGCGAUGUUAACAAAAUCUUGAAUCCAAAAUUGCACGCUCAGGUAUUCCAGUACUUGGUAAACAUCACGGAAAGUUUAAUAAAAAUUCGAAUGAAUCAAGGAAUUUCGUUGGACGGUCAGAUAAACCCUACCCCUAUCAACCUUGUGCCACCGAUUGCACUUGUUGCACCAUGGUGCUACGGAGCUUUAACGCUCGAUGGCCAAUACGGACAAGGUAAACUCUACGCCAUGCAAUUGCUUUGUACAAUUGUUAAAGCAGGAGCAUCUUUGGGGAACAAUCAGCUUCCGUUGUUCUAUCACGCACUUCAUCAAGCACUUUCCGGCGAAGAUAGAGCGAUGGCCUAUACCGCUCUACGGUAUCUCGGCGGGCCACGGUUCCUGAGUUUACUGCUUCCGGGACAUUCGUUGCUUUUGUUGGAUCUGGUUCAUGCUUCAACGAUAGUUUUGACAUCUUCGGAAACUGGACCACAUGCACCGCGAUCCCAAGUGGCAGGUCUUCUGGGUUCCUUGCUGUGUUUCCCGAGAACAUCCCUCCCCGGUCCGGUUUUACAGCCUUCGGAACCCAACAUCGAUCUAAUGGAAUGUCCAGACCUGCAGGAACACGUUCUGAACAUUGUUCUUCGCUGUGCACGCCGUGAACCAACCGCCAAAGCUCGUUCCAUCGCAAUAGCAUCCCUCGGUCAGUGGAUACUUCAGAACCUUACCAAUCCGUCCGCAACGCUUGCUUCAACCGGAUCCGAAUCGAUUCCUUUCAAACAACGAAUUCCUCAGUACCAUUCCAGUUCGAAUUCGGUACGCGAAGAAAUUGUUUUCAGUCCACGUAUUCGGGAAGCUUUCCAAGUUAUCUUGCAGGCACUUCAAUUUAAGCAUCGCACAAUUGCACGGCUGGCAUCGGAAACUCUUAAACUGUGUGCCGAGCAGGGCAAACGUAUAGAACGUAUCGACCGCCUUCCACAACUGAUCAUCGAUACGAUCUGCCUAUCGCUGGAAAUUCAAAACGUUCCACACCCGAAGGAUUCAGACAAAACCGUACUAACUUCUCUGCUUUUGACGCUGGGGGAAUUUUGUAUGUCCUUCUCGGUGGACACACUUCAGCGACCCAAGAGCUCCGAGUCCGAGGAACCACUGAUACAGGUUGUGUUCAAGGCUCUCUACAAAAUCGCCAUGGGCGUCCACAACGGUGAGAGAAUUAAACUGUUCACUACCGACGAAGACUUCGACAUGACAAUCACCGUAGAUGACGUCCGCGAACAAAGUUCUGGCAUGGAAAUGUCCUAUCAAACUUCAGAAUCGAUUGCCAAUUGCCAGUCUGCGAUUCGAUUGUGUGCCAAAACGGUUGCAAUGCAUUUGAUUACCAAUCUAGGCCAUUUUCCCAUGGGUAUCGGUGCGACUAGGCUCAGCUCAAUGGUUGAUGAACAGGACGAUUUGACUGGCAUCAGUACAAGCACCCUACAGCGAGAGAACUCCUUGGGUAAUCGUGAUUCGAUAGAUCUGGGCGCUUCGCAAGUGUUGACAUCGCCAAACCUUCAGUUAUUGAUGUUAAGCUCUGAACUGGUGGCAAGUUUCAUUGAACUACCUGUACUGAAGUUACCGGGAGGUGGUGCCACUGCAGGACUUAUUACCGCCAAUCGACAGGUUCGAUUAUUGCUUCGAGACUUAAACGGAAAGGCUUGCUGGGACGCUUCGAUUCUGUAUAAGGAACCCAGCCCUACUGGUGAAGAUACCAGCAGACUACUGAAAGACUUUUCCCCUUCCACUGAAAGGCCAAACUCUACAUUCCCCUUCCGGUCAGAUGGAGGAUUUCCCCGAAUUCUUGCUGGAGCAGCGGCUUCGAUUGAUCCGAUGAUGUCAACUGUGGGGCUUCCGAUUGCUCCCCUUCGGCACACCCUACGACACAGACCGGUUCAUCAAUUACCGGUGGCUAAAGACUUGGCUCCUGAUCUCGACCAGUUGGACGAUCUACUGCAAUAUAUUGGAUAUACCAGUCCAGAGUGCUUGGAUGCCGGCGGAUCACCUUUGAACACCGCCGGACCAUCACCUCUCGGUCCUCCUUUGGAAGCACAAACCAUUUCCAUAAUAUUGAACCAACGGGCACUGGAAACAGAAUACAUUGCCCGACAAAACGCCACCGUAGGACUGUUAGGUGAGUCGCCUGCAUACAACCUUGGAGGAUCCGUAGCAUAUGCAUCAUUUAUAGACGAUAAUCAACCCGUCGUGCCGUUUGGAUCUAGUGGCACGUUGGCAGCUAGAUACAACACUACCACCACGGUAGAUCGAUCAUCGAUGAACUCAUCCAACGAAUCGAAAUCAUUCCAAUUCGGACGAAUCCUGUUCAGUCAGCUUGGACUGGCAGGUUGGGAACGUCGUAAGCGAACGCAUCUGCUUCAACGAACAGACAAACUUCUGCGUGAACUUCGUAACCUGGAUAAUCAAAAGUGUCGUGAAACGCACAAAAUGGCCGUAAUCUACGUCGCUAAUGGACAGGAGGAUAAGGGAAGUAUUCUAAGGAAUUCAUGCGGUAGUAGCACCUAUGAAAUGUUUGUAUCAGCCCUCGGCUGGGAGGUGGAACUCGAGUCACACAAUGGAUUUCUUGGAGGUUUACCGAGGCAAGGUUGCGGCCAGACUGCUCCGUACUAUGCAACUCCGUUUCUGGAGGUUAUCUACCAUGUCUCAACGCGAAUGCCGUCCGAUAGCUCGGAGGCCAUUCUGAACAAAACCCGUCACCUGGGCAAUGACGAGGUGCACAUUGUGUGGAGCGAACAUAAUCGCGACUACCGGCGAGAUAUUUUGCCGACGGAGUUCUGCGAUGUACUGAUCGUGAUUUAUCCCAUGAAAAGUGGACUGUUCCGGGUGACGAUCAACAAAAAACCGGACGUACCGUGGUUUGGUCCCCUGUCCGAUGAGAUGGUCGUCGGUGGUUCCUGCUUAGCAAGCUUAGUUCGUGCUUCCGCGAUCAACGCUAGCCGGGCGAAGAGAACUUCACUAUCGCUCUAUCAGCAUUACUAUGAGGAACGAAAUCGCUCACUAGAUACGGUUGCUAUGCGCCACAAGGAAAGUAAUACGUUUGAAGACUUCACCGCCCGGAUUUUCAGUCCGAUCCCACCGCAGGCAACCGUGACCGGGGGAGUUAGUGGAGGACCCGGCGCGACUAGUGGAUUGAGUAACGCCGGUGCUCCACUGGCAGCUGCACUCAUCGAUCAUCACAGCAGAACGUCAUCCAAGACUUGGAUCCACCAUCCCGAGAUGGUAGCGACAGCGCGCGAGGUCACCCAGCAAACCGUAAUGGCCUCGAUUUCCUUAGAUCAACCCUCACCACGUCCCCAUCGGAAGCUGCACCAUCCCUUUAAACCGGCGGUGACAAAACCACCGAAGACAGCACCGCCGCCAAUUCCAUCGACCGGUGGGCCGGUGUCAACGCUGACUCAGCAUUCUCACCAACAGCAGCAGUACACCUCCGGCACUGGUACUCCACCCGACAGUCCCACCUUCCCGGGGCGAUCCAAGUUCAAGUGAGACUGGUGGUAGCUUCUGGCCAGUACCAGUAGCGAAGAAGAUCUGUACAACGCCACCGAGCAAAAGCAGCAAACACUGCGAAGCCCUAUCAUGGAGAGGGUUGGUAUUUCCGUUUGCUUCUGUGGAAAAUAAUUCCAUGCUGUUUGCUUGCGUAUUCAAACGGUACUACCAACCUUUCCCUCCAGCUGAUAAAUGAAGAUGUAGCUUUAAAAUUAUAAAGAAAUAUUUAUUGCUGAUAGGCACCGCGAUUAAAAAUAAUCAAAACAAGUAUGAGAACCUACAGAAUUGUGAGAUAAAAGCGUCCAUUUAUAUAACUAUUAUUAAUAUAUUUUUGUCUCUUGUUUGUUUGAUUUUAUAACUCAUUUUUAAAGUUGUUGUAUUUAAUUUAACCAUUAAUUGCGAAGGGAAAUUUUCCUGAACGUCCCUAUUAUAGUUGGUAGCUUACUCAGACCUGUUGUCUUCGUUUCAGAUACCUGAUAAAGAAGUACUGACUGGUUAACGCACUGUAAUACAUCAUAUAAUGAUCACCUUUUUUAAAAAUAAAAACUUAAAACAUUCGGCAUUGUGCGUGUGCACAUGCUAAUGAGCGCUGCGCUGGCACUUAUUCUCUCCACUGGAAAAGUAUUGUUAAAUUAUGGCUUAUUUAUUAUCAUUGUUUCCCACGAUCAGUCAGGAGAGUAAGAAAAAAACAAACACUUCCGGAUGGGGCACAACACUAAUGUAACCAACAGAAUCACUUUGAUUCCAUUUCUCCUUUAAUCGUUAUUUAUUAAUAAUAAUUAAAAAAAACCUAAAUUAUGUGACACAACCGAACAUGUUUUCCUUUUUCUAUUGAUUAAACCUUAGAGUAAGAUCGUUAAAAAUACAGAAUAUUGACGUAAGAAUAAGAAGACCGUCUUAACGGACAAAAGAAAUUGGUAACAGGAUGUAGGCAUAGAGACAUUUUUGAUACGAAAGCAAAACGAAUGUUUACAGAUAGAUAGAAUCAGAGGUGAGCUCGAACGGGCGGCGGCUACUCAAUAACAAGGAGACUGGAACAGAGUGUGAGAGUAUUUCGAACGGCUUAGAAAGUAACCAGUUUCGAAUGUUUUUUUUUGUUUGUUUUAUUCUUCACGAACUACCAGCCAAAUCUUGUACUGAUCAAAGACGUAUGUUAGGAUGCAUUUCAAGAACUAAACAUUUACAAAAAUAACUCAAUAAAACAGCAAAUAAAUAUGCUAGUGACGGUUGUUUCA